CUGGAAAACGGCUUUUUGACAAAACUGUCAUUUGAUGGGUCAGGUAUGGACAGACAUGGCACUUCUGCUGUCUUCAAAAUAAUGUCACCAGACCCCUUUCCUGUUCUCUGCAUUCCUGAAAGAUCUAGUCCCUAAUCUAGGCUCAAGCUUUCCUCAGCCUUGGAGAACAGAGCCCUCAGCCUUAGACUCUGCGCUUAUUGUGGCAUCUCUUUUUGGACCCUGAGCAAAAUCUUUUGAGACAAGGACCUUGAAAUUGCCUGCAAGAGAGAAAUGUCAAGCACCAUUUAAAGAAGACUUAGUUGGGGACAGCUUCCUGGAGCUGGAAAAUCCUGACAGUUAUCCUUGAACAUGAGUGUUCGAAGGGAGCAAUUACAAGACCGAGCCAUCGUCAAAAUCGCAGCUCACUUACCAGACCUCAUUGUCUACGGAGAUUUCUCUCCAGAGCGGCCGUCAGUGAAAUGUUUUGAUGGAGUUCUGAUGUUUGUUGAUAUUUCAGGUUUUACUGCGAUGACUGAAAAGUUCAGCACGGCCAUGUACAUGGAUCGAGGGGCCGAGCAGCUGGUGGAGAUCCUCAACUACUACAUAAGUGCGAUAGUGGAGAAAGUGCUGAUUUUUGGAGGAGACAUCCUAAAAUUUGCAGGUGACGCACUGCUGGCCCUGUGGAAAGUGGAACGGAAGCAACUGAAAAACAUCAUCACGGUGGUGGUAAAGUGCAGUCUGGAGAUCCAUGGCUUGUUUGAGGCCAAGGAGGUUGAAGAAGGCCUGGAUAUCCGAGUCAAAAUAGGACUGGCUGCCGGCCACAUCACCAUGCUGGUCUUUGGGGAUGAAACUCGCAACUACUUUCUGGUGACUGGCCAGGCCGUAGAUGAUGUGCGCCUUGCACAGAACAUGGCCCAUAUGAAUGAUGUUAUUCUGUCACCAAACUGCUGGCAGCUCUGUGACCGGAGCAUGAUUGAAAUCGAGAGGAUUCCGGAUCAGAGAGCAGUUAAGGUUAGCUUCUUAAAACCACCCCCUACUUUUAACUUUGAUGAGUUUUUCACCAAGUGUAUGGCCUUCAUGGAUUAUUAUCCUUCUGGUGAACACAAAAACUUCCUAAGGCUUGCCUGCAUGCUGGAGUCUGACCCUGAACUUGAAUUGUCCCUACAAAAGUAUGUGAUGGAAAUCAUUCUGAAGCAGAUUGACGACAAACAGCUUCGAGGCUAUUUAUCUGAGCUUCGUCCCGUGACAAUAGUGUUUAUAAACUUAAUGUUUAAAGAGCAAGACAAAGUGGAAGUCAUAAGUUCAGCCAUCCAAGCUGCCUGUGUGCACAUCACUUCUGUCUUGAAGGUCUUCCGAGGCCAGAUCAAUAAGGUCUUCAUGUUUGAUAAGGGGUGCUCCUUCCUCUGUGUCUUUGGUUUCCCUGGGGAAAAGGCGCCUGACGAAAUCACCCAUGCCUUGGAAAGUGCCGUGGACAUAUUUGACUUCUGUUCUCAAGUCCACAAGAUCCGUACUGUCUCCAUCGGCGUUGCCAGUGGGAUCGUCUUCUGUGGGAUCGUUGGACACACUGUGAGACAUGAGUACACAGUCAUUGGUCAAAAGGUCAAUAUUGCUGCCAGGAUGAUGAUGUAUUACCCAGGCAUCGUGACCUGCGACUCUGUCACCUAUGAUGGCAGCAAUCUACCAGCCUACUUUUUUAAGGAGCUCCCAAAGAAAGUCAUGAAAGGUGUUGCAGAUUCGGGACCAGUGUAUCAGUGUUUGGGCCUUAAUGAGAAAGUCAUGUUUGGUAUGGCAUAUCUCAUCUGCAACAGAUAUGAGGGUUACCCUUUGCUGGGACGUGUUAGGGAGAUCGACUACUUCAUGUCUGCUAUGAAGGACUUUCUGGUGAUGAACUGCAGCCGAGUUCUAAUGUAUGAAGGAUUGCCAGGAAUCGGGAAAAGCCAUUUGCUUAUGGAAAUUGAGUACCUGGCCUCUAGGCAUGAGAACCAUAGGGCUAUUGCUAUUGCACUGACUAAGAUCAGCUUCCACCAAAAUUUUUAUACCAUCCAGAUACUCAUGGCUAAUGUACUAGGUCUAGAUACUUGUAAACAUUACAAAGAACGACAGACCAGUCUUCAAAAUAAAGUCAAGAUGCUGUUGGAUGAUAAAUUCCACUGUCUUCUCAAUGACAUCUUCCAUGUUCAGUUCCCUGUUUCCCGGGAGAUGUCCAGGAUGAGCCCGUUAAGAAAACAAAUGGAACUGGAAGCUCUAUUUAUGAAGAUCUUGGAGCAAACAGUGAAAGAAGAAAGGAUUAUUUUCAUCAUUGAUGAGGCCCAGUUUGUGGAUGGAACCUCCUGGGCCUUCAUAGAAAAGCUGAUCCGGUGUAUGCCCAUUUUCAUCAUCAUGUCCCUGACUCCCUUCUCCGACAUUCCCUGUGCGGCUGCCAGUGCCAUAAUGAAGAACCGGAACACCACCUAUAUCACACUGGGUACCAUGCAACCUCAGGAAAUCCGUGACAAGGUCUGUGUCGACCUUAGUGUAAGCAGCAUCCCCACAGAGCUGGACUCGUACCUGAUAGAGGGGAGCUGUGGGAUUCCACUUUACUGUGAAGAAUUGCUUAAAAACCUUGACCACCACAGAGUUCUCCUUUUUCAGCAAGCAGAGUCUGAGGAAAAGACAAACUUGACCUGGAAUAACCUGUUCCAGAAUUCUGUUAGGCCAACAGAAGACAUUGAUGUUUAUACUUCCAUGUCUGAGGGACGUAACGAAGUCUGUUACCUUGCAAGUGGUGUCAGGCUAAAGAACUUGUCACCUCCAGCAUCACUAAAAGAAGUCUCUCUGGUCCAGCUGGACAGCAUGAGCCUUUCCCACCAGAUGCUGGUGAGAUGUGCCGCCAUCAUUGGCCUAACCUUCACCACAGAAUUGUUGUUUGAGAUUCUCCCCUGCUGGAACAUGAAAACCAUGAUCAAGGCCCUGGCCAUGCUAGUGGAAUCAAAUGUUUUCGAUUGCUUCCGGAAUAGCAAAGAUCUUCAACUAGCCCUAAAGCAAAAUGUGACCACAUUUGAGGUGCAUUACCGCUCUUUGUUCCUGAAUCCCAGGGAGGGAUUAGGUCAUAAUGAUGAGGAGCUCCGGGAAAUGGAAGGAGAGGUGAUUGAGUGCCACAUCCUUCGCUUCUGCAAACCAAUAAUGCAGAAAACGGCCUAUGAACUGUGGCUUAAGGACCAGAAGAAAGUCUUACAUCUGAAAUGCGCCCGCUUUUUGGAGGAGAGUGCCCAUCGAUGCAACCACUGCAGGAAUAGGGACUUCAUCCCUUACCACCACUUCAUAGUGGACAUUCGACUCAACACUUUGGAUAUGAGUACCGUCAAGAAGAUUGCGACAUCUCAAGGAUUUAAAACUCAAGAGGAAGUCAUCUUUGCUAAAUCAGAGCUCCCUAAGAAAUACAAAUUCCCUGAGAAUCUCAGUGAUGCAGAAAUAAAGGAACUAGUAUUGCAUUUCUUUGACAACAUUAUCAUAAGGAUGAAGUCAUCUCAGGAAGAUAUCAUCCCUCUGGAAUCAUGUCAGUGUGAGGAGCUGCUCCAGAUUGUCCUCUUGCCACUGGCCCAACAUUUUGUAGCCUUAGAAGAAAACAACAAAGCCCUGUACUACUUCCUAGAAGUUGCAUCUGCUUAUCUCAUCCUGGGUGACAACUAUAAAGCAUACAUUUAUUUGUGUGAGGGAGAAAAGCUGCUGAAAACGCUGACAAAUGAAAAUUCUUGGAGUCAGACCUUUGAAUAUGCUACAUUUUACAGUCUCAAAGGUCAGGUCUGUUUUAAUAUGGGGCAGAUGGUGCUUGCCAAGAAAAUGCUGAGGAAGGCACUGAAACUUCUCAACCAAGCGUUUCCUUCCAACUUCAUCAGCCUGCUUUUCCAGACACAUGUUGAAAAAAACAGACUCUUCCAUUUAAUGAAUCAGCAUCCCCAGGAGGAUUCGCUGCCAGGGAAGAAACUGGCACAACUUUACCUGCAAGCCUACUGCUUCUCCUUGCUGUGGAAGAUCUAUAGCUUUGAUUUCUUUUUCCGCUACAAGUAUUAUGGUCAACUGGCAGCAAUGAUGCAAAUGAAUGCCUCCCUGGAAACUCAUCAUGAUUUCCAGAUCAUCAAGGCUUUUCUGGACUAUUCACUGUACCACUAUUUGGCUGGAUACCAGGGCUUGUGGUUCAAAUAUGAAAUCCUGGUCAUGGAGCAGCUCCUGAACCUCCCCAUGAAAGGCGAGGCCAUCGAAAUCAUGGCUUAUGUGGCUGACACACUGAGCCAUAUCAAGUUCUUAAUGGGUCAUCUGGACUUGGCCAUUGAGUUAGGCUCCCGAGCCCAUAGGAUGUGGUCACUUCUCCGGAAUCCCAACAAAUACCAUAUAGUUCUCUGCAGACUGAGUAAAUCUCUCUUCUUGAAAAGCAGGUACAAACAUUUGGUCCAGGUACUAGAAUGGUUGUGGGACCUUUCUGUAACAGAGGAGCACAUCUUCAGCAAGGCGUUUUUCUAUUUUGUCUGUUUGGACAUCAUGCUUUAUUGUGGUUUCAUUUACAGAACAUUUGAAGAAUGCUUGGAUUUCAUACACCACAACGAAGACAACAGAAUCCUCAAGUUCCAGAAUGGACUCCUCCUGGGGCUUUACUCCUGCAUAGCUGUUUGGUAUGCCAGACUUCAGGAAUGGGACAACUUCUACAAGUUUUCCAAUAGAGCUAAAACUCUGGUGACACGGAGAACCCCAACAGUUCUUUACUAUGAAGGAAUCUCUAGGUACAUGGAAGGGCAAGUUCUCCACCUUCAGAAGCAAAUAGAAGAGCAGGUGGAGAAUGUACAGGACUGUGGUGCUGAGCUCCUCAAGACCUUAGAGAGACUUGUGGCUCAAAAUACCACUGGCCCCGUCUUCUACCCAAGGCUCUACCAUCUGAUGGCUUAUGUCUGCAUACUAAUGGGCAAUGGUCACAAUUGUGACUUCUUCUUGAACACAGCCUUGAAGCUUUCUGAGACACAAGGGAACUUACUGGAGAAAUGCUGGCUGAGCAUGAGCAAGGAAUGGUGGUACUCAGCCUCUGAGUUCAUGGGAGAUCACUGGCUUCAGACGGUCUUGAGUCUUCCGUCAUGGGAUAAAAUCGUAUCAGGCAGUGUACCCCUUCAGGAUGUUCAAAAGAACAAAUUUCUUAUGAGAGUUAAUAUCCUGGACAAUCCUUUCUAAUAAUUCAUGAACAAGAACAAAGAUUGCAGUAAGAAACUUUUUUUCCUUUUUUGCCAUGAUCUAUUAUUGUCCUUUCUCUAUAGCCAGACCCUCCAGUUCAGACCUUGAACCAGACACCUAGAUUCCUUCCUAGUGGGUCAGCACCUGACUAGCUUUAACUUUACACAGCUGCCUUUGCAUUCUCAGGCUGUUUGUUUGACCUGUGGUGCUCAGCUCAUGAAAAUCCAAUCAUAUCGACAUCAGAGGGGCACAGGUAUCCCUGUACGAGGGCUUGACAGAGACUUGCAGUCCCAACAGAAGCAGAGCUCAUUAAGGGAUAGUGCUCUUCACCCAGGAGGAACUUGGGCAAAAGCAAGAAAGUUUAGUAGCUCCAAGGGCAGCACAAAAGAUUCAGGCUUUUUCCUCAUACCUUGCUGAUACACAGUUCUACAUACAAUGUUGUGCCUUUCAUCAGCAUCUUAACUCUGGGAUGAGGGUUAGUAACAUAAUAAGCAGGGUCAUGUUUGGACACUGGCUUUUGUUGUAGUGGCAGAGGAGCUGGUUUUAGUUGGCCUCACUCACUUGGGAGGUGCUUCCAGCCUUCAGAAGGCUUUAGGAGUCUUCCAGCCCUCAGUCUGCCCCAUUCUCCUGCCUCAGUAAGAGAAAUACUGAUAGCAAGGUAAUGUGAUGUCUUGUGUUGCAUGCUAACACACACACAUACGCACGCACGCACACACGCACCUACCCAGGGGUCAGAAGAAAUGUUAUGGAGUGGGUUCUGUCCUUCCACCUGUAUGUGGUUCCAGGGAUCAACCUCAGUUUGCUCAGUGGCUUGGAGGUAGCACAACACUGCAAAUGUCAAAUCCCUGUGACAGUCUCAACUGACAGGAUUAGAAAGAAUACAAUUUGCAAAGCCUAAGUGCAGCUUCCGGAGCCAUGGGGAUGCCCCACCAGCACCUCAAACCUGCAGAAAUAAAUGCUUCAAGUGGAAACAGUAA